AUGGCUAUCACCCAGGAUAUUGUGUAUCAUGGAAAUUGCCAUUGCGGCCGUUAUUGUUUCCAAGUCUCAGCGCCAAAUAUAACUUCCGCAAUCUCUUGCACUUGCAGCCUCUGUACGAAGAAAGGGUAUCUUUGGCUGGUUCCAGCGGAAGGAUCUUUUACGGUUGUAAGAGAUGAAGGCUGCCUCACAGAGUAUCGCACCUCUACACUAGCAGACAAGUUUUGUAAUUAUUGUGGGAGCGGGGUAGUGGGCAAGCAUCUUUCAGGCUCGCUACAAGGCCAAUUCCUGAUCAAUAUCCGAACUCUUCGAGAGCCAUACGUCAAUCCUUUCAAACUUGAAUCUACGACGAGCGCAUUUGAAAGCAAAGACGAGGCUAGAGUGCGUGGUUCAUUUCCACGUCAGUCUAUGGAGACGACUGCGAAUCAUUUAUUCUCAUGUAAUUGUGGCGAUGUUCGAGCUGAAUUUGUUGGCUCAGUAGAAGCUGAGGAGCUAAAAGAAGAUAAUUGUAGCAAAUGUGUAAGGACGGCGUAUAUUGGUAUUUACCCAUCUAAAGAUGCCGUGAGAAUGUACGGUCGGGAUCGAGUCUUCGAGUACCUUACUGGCGGCAAAUUUACUGGAGCUACAUACUGCAAAACCUGUGGCGUUCAUGUCUUCAGCAACAUAUAUGGCCCUCCCAUAAGCGUCUUUGACAAACUUCCUGCAGAGAAGAAAGAAAGAGCUUUAGCCGUGUAUCAUAAGAAUAUGUCGAUCCAGCCGCUAAAUGUGCGAGCAAUGAACGACUUGGAUUUGGAUGCUAUUCGGUCGUUGAUUAAGCGGGAAGAUGAGGGCACAGAGGGCUAUAACUUGGAUCUGCCAUAG